UUACAAUAGAAUACAGAAAUGGCGUGUUGUGCAAUAUUUUAUUCGACAAUUUUCAAUAUGAUAAAGAUUUUAUUUUAAUUAAAAAUUAAUUAAUUUUAAGAAACAGUGAAUAGUUGUUACAAUUAAAUCGAGUUGCUAUUCUGUACGGUAAUCAUCAUCAAGUGAAAGUCGUGUGCGCUAUGUCAUCGUUGGCCGAAAAUUUGGACGGUGUUUUUUUUGGACGACUGUGUCCAAAUAUCUUGUAAUUCUGAUGUUAUUAUCGGAGUUUUCGUACAAAAUGAACUGGUUUCGAGGUGUUAAUCGCCAAUAUGUUAUUACUUGAACGCUAUUGUUCAGCCCUGCUGUCUUGAACAACCUCUAGUUUAAGAAUUUUAUGAAAUUUGUUCGACUGGAGGUGUGUUACAUAAAAUCUUCUAAAUGAAGAGAAUGCCCAGAGGCCGUAGUCAAAUGCCCUUUUACGGGCAUGCCCCGUGUCCAGAUAAUGAUAUGCCGCAUAUGCAGCGAGGCCCAUGUUUUACCGAUGGUUACGGUAAAAUGGACGGACCUUGCGGUAUGGGAGUCGGUGAAUUCAAAUCUCCGAUGAUGGCUAAUCCAGAACCACCCCCACCACCUCCUAAAAAGAAACGAAGGACUUCGAAUACAAUGGCAGCUGCACCACCGCCACCUCAGUCGCCAGCUAUGCAAGAUUUACUACCUCCUCCGCUAACCGGUUACGGCGAUACAAUCGUAGCUUCAAAUCCAUUCGACGACACUCCACCUCCGACUCCUACGAUGUCUCAUAUGAAUCCAAUGAAUCACGUCAACAAGCACAUGAACGUAGGUCCUUGCAUGUCACCAGCUGCUUCGAUGAUGGGAUCGAUGAGUCCGUGUCACAUAGUCGGAUCGCCGAUGAAUUGCGGUCCACCAGUCGGCAGCCCGAUUAAUUGCGGCCCUUCGAUGGGCAACUGUAGUCCAAUGCCAGGUGGCGGAAAUAACCCGAACUGUGGUCCAAUCGGUAGUCCUCAUGCAGUUUGUAAUACCAGGCAAGUUAGUCGAAGUCCGUUGAUGUGUCCUCCUAUGAGUAAUGCCGGCUCAGUUAUGAAUUGCGGUCCGGGAAGUAAUAAUCCAAUGAACGUGAAUUCGGUGCAUUCGAUGAAUAGAAGUCCACAAUCGUUAGGCAGUCCUUUGAGUUCAGUUAUGGCAUCAAAUGUCCGCGGAAACUCACCUCUGGACUGUGGCUUGGGUUUAAACUCGAUAGGAUCUCAAAAAGGUAGCCCUAUGUCGGUGAUGAGUUCGCACAAUAUGAAUAGUUUGAAUUGCGGCUCUCCGAUGGGUAGUCCGUCCAACGUGCAAAUGAAUAAUUGUAAUAACGGUGGCAUGAAUAUGGGUUCACCGAUUACCAGCCCAUUAGGCAAUGUACCAUGCUCGAUGCAAAGUGGGCCUGAUUUAGGUAUGAAUUUGAACGGUGUCAUGAGUCGAAGUCCGAUGAACGCGCCUCCUAAUUCCGUUGGUAGUCCUAUGUUGUGCAAUUCAACGAUGCGUGGACAAUCUCCUUUAGGUGGUGGUCCUUUAGGCAAUAGCCCGAUGAACAUGAAUUGUAAUUCGAAUCCUAACGUAGGAAUAAUGGGACCCAAGUCCGAUUUAAAUAUGAACGAACUAGCGGCAAUGGGUAGAGAUAACUGCGGUCCUGGCCACAUAUCAAUGAAAUCGAACCAAGGGCCAGGAUGCGUCAUGCCGAUGAACAAUCCGUGCUCGCGACCGUCCGAUAUGAACUCGAUGCAACCUUGCGGGCCGGGACAAAUGAACAAUUCGCCUCAUUGUAACCCAAUGAUGAAUAAUCCUGGUGGCUGCGGCCCCGGUAUGAAUAAUUUACCAUGUAUAGGAAAUAAUAUGAACCGACCGCCGUGCGGAGUGAAUCCUAUGAGUAUGGGUAAUCCGUACGAUGGCAUGAAUCCGCAAUGCAGACCGAACAUGAACCGAUCUCAGUACCCUAGACAUAUGAACAGCAUGCAUUACGGUGGCCCACCACCGAAUAGUAUGAAUAGUAUGUGCGGACCUCCAGACAUGGGCAAUAUGCCGUGUCCACCAAAUAACCAAAUGCAUUGUAACGACCAGGCUAUGAAUAAUCCGCAAUGUGGCGUUAAUCAAAAUAUGAACCAGUGCGGAGGAAACAUGUUUAAUUCGCCUUUUUCGCCGUUCGAUUCAAGAUGCAGUCCGAAUUUACCUUUCAAUGAAGUUUCCAUGAAUAAUGGCGGAGGAUUUUACCGCAAUAUGAAUCAUACAAGCCAAGCGCCGUGUAUGCCGAAUAUGCGUAACCCUUGUAACGUUUCGAGCGCCAGUGACUUACCCGGUCCUGGAGAUAUGUCCGCCAUUAAGACCGAAUCCCGUGACCACAGCGAUCUCAGCGCCGAUAUUUCGAAUACAGUUUGCGGAUUAACAUCCUCGGACAACAAUGACGAUCUAGGAUUGAUGUCUUGUGGCGCGGAUAACUUUCUGAAAGAAGACAGAAAACCGAAAGAUUGCAACGGUGGUCUUUCGUUAGAAGACGAAGCCGAUAAAUUAGACGACGUUAAAAAUAAACUAGAUCUUGAUAAGAAAGACGCCAUCGUUAAAAUAAAAGAUGAAAAAAUUGAUGGUAAAGAAGACGACGAUGUUAAAACCAUAAUUUCCCCUUCAAGCUCCGGUGCAUCUUCUCAAGGCCCUACCAAUACUAUUACGGUGACCAGCGCUUCAACCACGUCCGGCACAACGACCAGUUCUUCUGUUACCAGCGCAGAUCCAGAUAACAACGAUAAUUCGACAGCUAACGCUACCAGCGAAGGAGUCAAAAACGAUACCGAAGAUGAUUUAUUCAAAAGCUCAGACGGAGUUAAUUCCGGUGCAGGGAAUACGAACAACGAAUCUGAAAAUAACCGAUCGGCCAACGAAACUAAUGAUAAAGAUGACUCGGAAGACAAGCUCCACUGUUCAAAUGAAAACGAUACCAGUUUCGACGAUAACGUCGAUAAUACUCGAGAUGACAAAAAUUCUUCGGCCAACAACGAAUCCGCCGAUGCUACCAAUUCAAAUUGCCCCGAAUCCGAGAAUACUGAAGAUCGUAAUAAAGAAAACGAUAGUUCUACUCCGAUUAAGCUAGAAAAUGACGAAUUUUUCGACGGCGUAAAAAAUGUUUCAGAUUUAGGCACCGGUGCUCCUUCUCGUCCUGGAAAUAAUUUCAGUAACGGAAACGUCAUCCCUACGAGUAAUUUUGGCCCUGGCAACGAUGUCUCCGGUGUAAUGAAUAAUCCCUCGUCGUGCAUGAGCGAUACAAUGUGUACGUCUUCGGUAAUGCCGAAUAUGAAUAGGACCAUCAUGUCAAAUGCGAUGAAUCAUUCGAUGAAUUACCCUACCAACAGACCGGUGAAUAUUGUAAAUCCGUUGCAGGUAUAUCCUUCUAACAAAUCCAAGGUGUAUAAUCCGCAGAAUCCGAACGCGCCUCCAAUUUACGCGUGUGGGCAUUGUCACAAAGAAGUUAACGAUAACGAUCAAGCUGUUUUAUGCGAAUCAGGGUGUAAUUUUUGGUAUCACAGAACAUGUUCUGGAUUAACAGAACCAGCGUAUCAACUCUUGACAGCAGAAAUUUACGCCGAAUGGGUUUGCGAUAAGUGUCUAACAACAAAGAAAAUACCGCUAGUAAAAUUUAAACCUUAAAUCAAAAGUUACUGAGGCCUAAUUUUCCUAUUCUCUUAGUAUUUUAAAUCACACUCGGAUUAUUUAUUUUUCUUUUUCGUUUCUAAGAAAUUAGCGUAUUUUUGACGAUGAUUAAUCACAUUUUUAAUGAAAAAAGAUACUCAUUUAGGAAAUAUUUUAUGUAUAUUGUAAUUAUGGUGUUAUAUAUUUUAAUGAAAAAAAAAUGUUGUGUAGCUAAUACUAGCUUUAGAUACCUUUAAAAUUUAUAAGUCCCGAGUGAUGAUCGAGUUCGAGUGUUAGUUCAGUUAAAAACUGAUUCGUAGAAUGUUCGUGAACCUUAUACAUAUACAUAGCUAUGAAGAGCUGAAAAUUUUGAGAAAUUUGAAGGAGUUACGAGUACAAAACUCAAUUUACCAUGGGAGCAGUUCAUUUGGAGAGUAUCGAGUGUAGUUUUCUUUUCUCGCGUUCAUAUCGUGCAAUUGUGUAGAUUUGAGAAAAAUUGCUGGAAGUAUUUACCAUUUUUCGAAUAAAAAGUGCAUGCAUGAUAAUUAUUAUGGAAUCAGUGACCGGUGCUUUGAGCGGUGUACCGAUGCAAUCGGGAGUGAUAGAGAAACUGGUCAGAAUCGGUAUUUCGCUUCGAUUUAUUCUUUCUUUCCUGUUCUACUUAAUGUGCUUUCGUAUGAUUUUUCCUUUUUUUGUGCCAUUUUUUGAAAUUCACUUUCCAUAUUGAGAGCACGCCUUUAUUCUAGAUACCCUAUUUUAUGUUUUUUUUGUGUAUGUUUUUCCUUCUUUCCUCUUAAAAGCCUUACAGUAUAACUUAGGUAAUAGGUAUUGAAUCACAUUCGAUACUCGUAAAUGUGUAAUUUUUUCCUUUUUCUAAUGUUGACGUACUUUUACCUUUUCGUGUACUGUAAUAUUUAAGGCGUAGCGUUUUAGCGUAGAAGUAGUGUAUAACUAAUUGUUUCAUUAUUUUUAAGCAAAUAGUUGUGAACUGGUUUCAACGAGUUUUUUUCCCUAAACCAUUAAUGACGUUUUGUUUGAAUUAAUACCAGUAAACGUGUUUUUUUUCGCUAGUGUGCGUGAUUGCUGUAUUUCUGUUUGCAUAUUCAUACUUAUUUAGCUGGGUUAUUUAUUUUUUCUUUCUUAUCUGUUGUACAUUGUGUAUUUUAAUUAUAAUUGUUUACUAAAUUAA